AUGGCUUCCCCCAGCGCGGAGAGCCAGCUCCUGAGGAUCAUCCGUGAUUUGCAAGAUGCUGUGACAGAACUAAGCAAAGAAUUUAAGGAAGGCGGGGAACCCAUCACAGAUGACAGCACCAGCUUGCAUAAGUUUUCUUACAAACUUGAGUACCUCCUUCAAUUCGACCAGAAGGAGAAGGCCACCCUCCUGGGCAACAAGAAGGACUACUGGGAUUACUUCUGUGCCUGCCUGGCCAAGGUGAAGGGCGCCAACGAUGGGAUCCGAUUCGUCAAGUCUAUUUCCGAGCUCCGAACAUCCCUGGGGAAAGGAAGAGCCUUUAUCCGCUACUCGCUGGUGCACCAGAGGCUGGCAGACACCCUGCAGCAGUGCUUCAUGAACACCAAAGUGACCAGUGACUGGUACUAUGCCCGGAGCCCCUUUCUGGCGCCGAGGCUGAGCUCUGACAUUGUGGGCCAUCUCUACAAGCUCACGGACGUCCAGUUUGACCUGGUGUCCAGGGGCUACGACUUGGACGCGGCCUGGCCGACGUUUGCCAGGAGGACACUGGCCCCCGGCUCCUCUGCCUACCUGUGGAAAGCCCCCAGCCGAAGCUCCAGCAUGAGCAGCCUGGUGAGCAGCUACCUGCAGACUCAGGAAAUGUCCACCAGCCUUGACCUGAACAGCUCCUUGAACAACGAGGCCCUGGAAGGCUUCGAUGACAUGCGUGUGGAGCUGGAUCAGCUGGAGGUGCGGGAGAAGCAGCUGCAGGAGCGCAUUCAGCAGCUGGACCGAGAGAACCAGGAGCUGCGGGCAGCCGUCACCUCCCAGGGGGAGCAGCUGCAGGUGGAGAAGGAGAGGGCCCGCUCCGCAGCCGAGGACAACGCCCGCCUAACGCGCAUGACGGCUGAGCUGCAGAAGCAGUGGGAGGUCACCCAGGCCACACACAGCACCGUGCAGGAGCUGCAGAAGUGCCUGCAGGCCCUGGAGCCAGGCCCCGCGGCGGAGGGGGAUUCCCCGUUGGCCCUGCGGCGCCUGGAGCCCAUGCUGCAACGCCUGGCGCAGGAGCUCGAGGCCACGCGGGACGCGCUGGGCAGGAAGGACCAGCUUUCAGCUGACGCCCCAGGUCCGGGCAUGGCCGAGCAGAAGGCAGACGUGGCACCCGACACAAAGGGGGGGCCAGAGCUCGACCCCAGUGCCUCGGCCCCGGCGAUCCGGCAGCUGGGGGAGAAGCUUCACGCCCUGGAGCAGGAGAGCACCAAGGUCCAGGAGCUCAACAGGCAGCAGAGCACGCAGCUGCAGCAGCUGGCCAGGGAGCUGCAGCUGAAGGAGGAGUCGCGGGCCGGCCUGGAGCGCGUCGUCAGGGAGAUGGCCUCGCAGCAGGAAGAGCUGUUCGCGAAGAGGAAGGAGGCCACCCAGCUCCGGCGCCGGCUGCAGGAGUCGCUGGCCCACAUGAGCACCAUGGAGGAAGAGCUGGCGGAGGCGAGGCAGGGCGAGCGGCGGCAGCGCGAGGAGAAGGACCUGCUGCAGCGCGAGGCCAGGGCCCUGACCCGGCAGCUGCGGCUCCUGGAGACCCAGCUGGCCCAGGUGAGCCAGCGCGUGAGCGACCUGGAGGAGCAGAGGAAGCAGCUCGUCCAGGACAGAGACCGCCUCAGCGAGAAGGUGGGGACGCUGGAGCGGCUGUCUGCGCAGCCGGGCCCGCCCGUGGCGGCGGAGAGCAGUGAGGUGCCGGCCCCCCGGGAUUCUGCCCUGCAGGAGGGGCCGAUGGAUGGUACUGCGGUGCAGGGGAGCGGCCAGGAGGAGGAGCUGCGGCAGGCCAACAUGGAGCUGGAGAAGGAGCUGCAGAGCGUGAUGGCCCGUAACCAGCGCCUGGAGGACAAGCUGCGGGCCCUGCAGGCCGAUUACCAGGCCCUGCAGCAGCGGGAGGCAGCCAUCCAGGGCUCCCUGGCCUCCCUGGAGUCCAAGCAAGCCAGCAUCCGGCAUAUGGGUGACCAGAUGGAGGCCAGCCUCCUGGCUGUGGUGAAGGCCAAGGAGAACAUGAGGGCCCACAUGGCCGAGAAGGAGGCUGCCCUGCAGAGCAAGGAGGCCAAGUGCCAGCAGCUGCGGGAGCAGAUGGAGCAGUGCCGGCAGCUGGCGGAGACCCGGGAAGGGGAGCUCAGGGCUUUGGAGAGCCAGUGCCAGCAGCAGACCCAGCUGAUCGAGACCCUCAGAGCAGAAAAAGGCCAACAGGGGCUCAGCCCGCCUCAAGAAAAUGCAUCCCAGGAGCUCGCUGCCCAGCUGGCCCUAGCUCAGGCACAGCUGGAGGUCCAUCAGGGGGAGGCUCAGCGCGUGCAGGCUGAGGUGGUGGACCUCAAGGCCAAGCUCCAGGCAGCCCUGAGUGAUGGAGAGAAGGUGCAGAGCCAGCUGAGCGUGACUGAGGCGGCUCUGCAGGAGCACAAGGCCCUUGUGCAGCAGCUGAAGGAGCAGAACGAGGCCCUCAACAGGGCCCACGUCCAGGAGCUGCUGCAGUGCUCGGAGCAGGAAGGGGCCCUGCAGGAGGCGCAGGCCCAGGAGGCCCAUCUGAGGAUGGAGGAACUGCAGGCCCUGCGGGGGGAGCUGUCCCAGGCCAAAAGCAGCUCCCAGGAAGCGCAGCUGGAGCAUGCCGAGCUGCAGGAGCAGCUGCACCGAGCCAACACCGACACCGCCGAGCUCGGCAUCCAGGUCUGCGCACUGACCGCCGAGAGGGAGCGGAUGGAGGGCGUGUUGGCCUGCACCGCCCAGGAGCUCCGGGACGCCAAAGAGGCAGCCGCCAAGGAGCUCGAGGUCUUGAAACACCAGGUGGCGGAGCUGCAGCGAGAGAAGGAGGGCUUGCAGGAGAAGCUGAAGGCGGCCGAGGAGGCAGCCACCUCACUGCCUGGCCUGCAGGUCCAGCUGACCCAGGCCGAGCAGCGGGCCCAGGGCCUUCAGGAGACCGCGCACCAGGAGCUCGACACCCUCAAGUUCCAGCUGAGCACCGAGAUCAUGGACUACCAGAGCAAACUUAAGACUGCCAGCGAAGAGUGCAGGAGCCUCCGGGGCCAGCUGGAGGUUCGAGGCCAGCAGCUGCGGGCCGCCAAAGAGACUGUGGGCAAGCUGGAGGCCGCCCAGGCAGACAUGGGGGAGAAGCUGAGCCGCACCAGCAGCCGCCUCUCGGAGUGCCAGGCCGCCAUGCUGAAGAAGGACAAGGAGGGGGCCGCCCUGCGCCAGAACUUGGACAGGACCCAGAAGGAACUUGAAAAAGCCACGGCAAAGAUCCAGGAGUACUGCAGCAAACUCUGCCAGGAGGCGAGAAGCCGGGAGAAGAAUGACCAGAAGAUGCUGGCGGACCUGGAUGACCUGACUAGGACCAAGAGGAACCUGGAGGAACGGCUGAUAGAGCUGCUCAGGGACAAGGAUGCUCUCUGGCAGAAGUCCGAUGCCCUGGAAUUCCAGCAGAAGCUCAGCGCCGAGGAGCGAUUCGGGGACGUGGAGGUGAACCUCUGCUUUGACUGCAAGCGGGAGUUCAGCUGGAUGGUGCGGCGGCACCGCUGCAGGAUAUGCGGGCGCAUCUUCUGUUACUACUGCUGCAACAACUACGUGGCGACCAAGCCGGGCGGCCGGAAGGAGCGCUGCUGCCGAGCCUGCUUCCAGAAGUUCAGCCCCAGCUCCCCGGACAGCUCCAGCUCAGGCACCAGCCAGGGCCAGCCCAGUCCCGCUCUGUCGCCGGCCCCGGCUGGGCUGCAGGCCGCUGGAGGCCAAGGCGCAGACCCAGACUUGAGGUCACCAGACGACACUGUGUUCGACAUCAUCACAGACGAGGAGCUGUGCCAGAUCCAGGAGUCCGGCUCCUCCCUGCCUGAAACGCCCACCGAAGCCGACUCCCUGGACCCCAGCGUGAGCGAACAGGACACCACAUCGAACUCACUAACCCCCGAGGACACCGAAGACCUGGCCCUGGGGCAGGAUGCAGAAAUCUGCUUGCUGAAGUCCGGAGAGCUGAUGGUAAAAUUGUCCUUCACAGUGGAUGAGAUUGCCAGCUUCGGGGAAGGUAACAGGGAGCUGUUUGUGAGGUCCAGUACCUACAGCCUCAUCUCCAUCCCUGUGGCCGAGGCGGGUCUCACCGUCAGCUGGGUCUUCUCCUCCGAACCCAAAAGCAUCUCCUUCAGCGUCGUCUUCCGAGAGGCCGAGGACACACCGCUGGAUCAGUGCAAGGUCCUCAUUCCCACCACCCGAUGCAAUUCCCACAAGGAGAGCAUCCAGGGCCAGCUCAAGGUCCGCACCCCAGGCAUCUACAUGCUCAUCUUCGACAACUCCUUCUCCAGGUUUGUCUCCAAAAAAGUGUUUUAUCACUUGACGGUCGACCGGCCCGUGAUCUACGACGGAAGUGAUUUCCUGUAG